AUGGGCGACCCGGUCAGCAUCGCAGCGAGUAUCCUGACCGUGUUGCAAGUCGCCGACUCGCUUGUCACGUUCAUCCGGGACCUCAAGAACGCCUCAGAAGAGCACAGGAAUGUGCAGGCAGAGGUGCAAAGCCUACAGAGCGUGCUACGCCAGGUGUACGAAUCGUCCGCAACAGCAAACACAACUCCGAGGAAAGAAGGAUUCGAGGAGACACCUUUUACGGGACUGAAAGAUUCACUGGAAACAUGUCGACUGCAUCUGGAGUAUUUGACGAUCAAGCUGGCUCCGAUGCAUAGCUUCGAUAAGGCUCGCAAGUCCGUCAUGUGGAAGAUGCGGCGCACCGAGAUCAGAAGUAUUUUGACGGACAUCGAACGCCAGAAAGCAUCGUUGAUGCUGGCGUUACAAAUUGAAACCAAGUCUGUGAUCCGAGUCAUCCCUGGCUCAAACACCCUUGCACGGCUUGCAGCAUACUGA